AUGGAAGUAGGCAGUAUUACGAUCCCCUUCCAAAAUAUAUCUUUCUCUAGACCUUUGUCUAGCCUUAAUCUCUUCAUUACUCCAGAUUUUGGUGAGUUCAACAGAAAUGGGAUCGAGGUGGCACAGUCAGAUGGAGUAAUCACUCUGUGCCAGCGGAGCUAUGCAGCAAAGAUCUUGGAGGUGGCAGGGCUGAGCAACUGCAACAGUUGUAGCACACCUAUGGAGUGCAGACUGAAACUGCACAAGGAGGAUGGAGCAAAGGCUGUGGAUGCUACCAUGUACCGCAGCAUAGUUGGGAGCCUGCGAUAUCUGACCAACACCAGACCAGACAUCACACAUGCCGUGGGAGUUAUCAGCAGAUACAUGGAAAAGCCAAGCACAACUCACUGGACUGCAGUGAAACAGAUUCUCCGAUACAUCAAGGGCACGCAGGACCUUGGAUGUCGAUACAGAGCAGGGAGAGGGACGACAGUCCUAACUGGCUUCAGUGAUAGCGAUCACGCAGGCGACGUCGGGGACAGGAAGAGCACUUCAGGGCAGGUUUUCUUCCUCAACGAAAACCUUGUCUCUUGGACAUCACAGAAGCAGAAAGUUGUGGCAAUCAGCUCAUGCGAGGCUGAAUAUGUGGCGGCCACAGCAGCAACCUGCCAGGACUGUGGCUGA